AUGACUAUCUGUGCGUUAACAGGCUGGCCUCUUAUCUACAAAUCUGAAAUCAGAUCAUUAGGAGCCCGGUGGCCGAGGGGCUUGUUACUCCACGGGCCUCCAGGGUGCGGCAAGACUGCUCUGGUGCAAUCCGUGGCAGACGAUCUAGGUGUUGCAGUUCAAAAGGUCUCAUCUUCGGACAUCUACGGUGCCUUCACAGGCGAAUCAGAGAAGCGCUUGCGGGAAGCCUUUGAUAAGGCAAGAGCCCAUGCAGCCAGUGGGCAGCCCACAGUCCUAUUCUUUGAUGAGCUGGAAUCCCUGGCCCCUGUAAGAGACGCAAAUCGGCCCCAUGAAGCGAGGGUGGUCGCGCAGCUGCUCACACUCCUUGAUGGAGCCGCCUCAGACACAGGCAGGUUCUGUGCACAGGGACACUUGACAUUCAUUGGAGCCACAACUGACCCGAACUCAAUUGACCCUGCCUUGAGGCGUUUGGGACGCCUUGAUCAUGAAGUUGCCAUUGGCUUGCCAACUGCCGAGGAGCGCGUGCAAAUUUUGCAAACCCAUUCGCAAGCCCUGCCUCUGGGAAACGAUGUGGACCUCCAUGAGAUCGGGGCCAAAGCUCAUGGGUACUCUGGAGCGGAUUUGGCUGCAGUCACCCGAGAAGCAGCUCUGCAUGCCAUGCAUUCUUCACUGGCAAACUCACCUACAACAGAUUUAUCUGUCACAAGAUCUGACUUUAUUGCGGCACUUCGAAAAGUCUGCCCUUCUCUGAGCAGAUCGUCUGAUGUCUCGCUGGACACAGUUUCGUGGCGGGACAUUGGGGGCUAUAACAAGGUAAAGGAGCGCCUGCAGCAAGCUCUGGAAUGGCCUGUACAGCAUGCUGACGCCUUCAAGAGGCUCGGCUUGCAUGCACCCCGCGGUGUUCUCCUGUACGGCCCGCCUGGGUGCAGCAAGACCACGCUUGCUCGUGCAGCAGCUGGCGCCAGCGGCAUGCGCUUGCAGGUGCUGUCAGGAGCUCAGCUCUUCUCCAUGUAUGUCGGAGAGGGAGAGGGUCUCUUGCGCGCUGCUUUUCAGCGUUCACGCAUGACAGCUCCUAGCAUCCUUUUCAUCGAUGAGAUUGAUGCAAUCGUAGGCGGAAGGGCAGAAGAAGGUGCUUCAUCAUCUGGAAGCUCAGAUGCAAGCACAAGGAUUCUCUCAACGCUCCUCACAGAGAUGGAUGGCUUGGAGAGCAGCACUGUGCUGUCAACAGGUGUGCUGGUGCUAGCUGCCACCAACCGGCCGCAUGUAUUGGAUGCGGCUCUGCUGCGGCCGGGACGCCUUGAUGUGCUGCUUUAUGUGCCACCUCCUGAUUCUGAAGAGCGUCAUGAAAUCUUGAAAGUGCACUCGAGGGGCAUGCCCGUAGCGCAGGAUGUUGAUCUGCAGGCUCUUGCACAGCGCACUGACCGCUUCACAGGCGCUGAUCUUUCCAAUCUCUGCCAAGAGGCUGCCUUGAUGGGUUUGAGGGAAGGCAUGGACCAUGCGACGGAGGUCAAAAGAAUGCACUUUGAAUCUGCCCUGGCUGUAGCGCAGCCAUCAUUGAGCGUAGAACAGAUCAGGAGGAGUGAAGAUUUCCGACAUUACAGGCGGCGUUAGCCUGAGAACGAACAUCCCGAGAACAUUUCACAUGCUCACCGAGCGCAAUGCCAGUGGCUGCACAUUGCCCAGCCGCAGCGGCUGCAUCACGAGUGACAUUGUGGGCCCCAAGCAGUCCAGGACUGCUUAGUUUUUUAUGUAUUUGCUUAAUGCUUCCAGCCGUAUGGUCAUCCAUUUGCCCCACCCUCGUGGCCGCUGCGGCGCUGGCGGCCGGCCGGCUGCUUCGGUGCGGGUUUACCAUGUAGUCUAAAGUUUGUGUAAUGUUGUGCGCAUGC